AUGGUGGAAGGGGAGAUGAUGAAGAAGAAUGUGAACUACAACUAUGGAGCAGCAGGAAAGGCCUUGGGGUUUGAUGGGUUGAAGAACCCAGAAAUCGUAGCUAAUAACUCUUUAAUCGCAUUCAAAACUGCUCUCUGGUUUUGGAUGACAGAGCAGAAGCCAAAGCCAUCUUGCCAUAAUGUGAUGGUAGGAAAAUAUCGUCCCACAGAAGCUGAUAUAGCAGCUAAUCGGACAGCUGGAUAUGGGUUGGUCACUAACAUAAUCAACGGCGGACUUGAGUGUGGAAUUGCCAACCAUGGAGGAGUUAACGAUCGGAUUGGAUAUUUUCAGCGAUAUGCUACACUGUUUAAUGUUGAUUCAGGGCCUAGUUUGGAUUGUGAAAAUCAGAAAUCCUUCUAA